GCUAGACUUCACUUGGGUGUACGAACGACUCGUCAUUUUUGUAGCACAUACAUAGAAUAAACUAACAUUUACAAAAAAAUUCAAUACAACCAUAAAAUGGACGAUACUGAGGACUAUUGUGCAAUUUGUCUAUGCCGCAAACAUCGCAUUGUAAGCACCCCAUGCAAGCACACAUUCUGUAAGCGCUGUCUCAAGAAGGUCUACGAUGUCUGCCCCACCAAGGUCUGUCCGCUGUGUCGAGCUCCUUUCGAGUAUUAUAUUCGUGAACGUGGCUCUGGCAUAAAGAUCGUAUUUUUGACAUAGUGGCCUGUGCCAAUAGUCGAAGUUGACAAUAACUGUCUAACCAUAAUGUUUAGUUAAUUAAAUUUAGCGGUUUUUAUAUUCAAAUUCUUUUUUUUUUUUUUUGGUUUUUCCAUUUUUUUAUUUUUGGUUGACAUUUGUUUAAAUAAAGUUCAUGUUGUUUUUAGUCAUUUCAUGAGACUCUGAAGGACUGCAUGUUUUCAGA